UUGCUGAACGCGACGCUGUUCACGGGCGACGCGUGGCUGCACACCGUCCCCCACAUCUCGCUCCUCUUCAUCGCCAUCUUCUACGAGGGUCUCCUAGGUGGUGCCGCCUACGUCAACACGUUCCGCGCGGUGCACAAAUUGGCAAGUUUUUUCCAGCCGAGGAAAGCGCGAUUUAUAACGCUU